AUGGCGAGAGGUGCCAGCACUCGCAACGUCGAGUUUGCGACCGAAGUGGUCUCGUGUCGCGAGCCGCGCGACGACGAGCUCUCCGUCAUGGAGCACUUCGCCAAGCACUCGGCACGUUGUGAGUACUGCCGUGAUCCAUACACGGCCUACAGAGAGGACCGACCUCUGUGCAGCAAGGGUCGGUCAUAUGCAAAGGAUGUCGCCACCUAUCUCUACGCCAAAGGUGGCAAGCCGUUUUCCCUCAUCGACAAGUCCAAUGGCCAACGGGUUCAGGUCCGCGUGCCAGCCGGCUGUGAGGUCAUCAACCUUCUCAUCAAGGCCUUUGACAAGGGCAUGAAGCUUGACUCGCCGAGACUUGUGGUUGUCGAUAACACAAGGAGACAAGAAAGUGUUGAGAAGUCCGCCAAGGUCGUCUCACCUUCGUCACCUUCGUCACCCUCAAGACGGAGAGAGUACCUCACUGACGACCGACCACGGGAGAGACGGUACAUUCGCGACGACUAUGACCUGGUUGAAAUCAUCCCUCACUCGAGCCGAAGGGAGAGACGGGAGAGAGUCGUUUACCAUGACGACCGUGGCGAGGAUCGAACUCGUUAUGAGUACCGAGAGAGGCCCAAGUCGGUAGCCUACACUGGGGGGAAGGGCAGUCUGUAUGUCAGAGACGAAGAGGAGAGGCGGCGGCGAGAACGGUACGACCGCCAGCCAGUUGUCAUUGUCGCUGAGCCUGGCCAGCAGCAGCGGUUCACCAGCAGGCGGUGA